AGCACCAUGGCCCUUUCCGUGCGCACAAGCGGCGGGUCCCGGCAAUCCUCCUCUCGGAGUGGAUUUGGAGGGGGAUCUCUGAGGAUGUCCGGUUCUGGUGGUGGAGGAGGCUUUGCUGGCAGUGGGCUUGGGUUUGGUGGGGGGUCUGGUGGAGGGUUUGGCUCAGCUUCUGUGUUGGGUUCAAGCUCUGGCUUCGUUGGGGGCUUUGGGGCCAGCGCAGGUGCAGGAUAUGGAAGCAGCUUAAGCAGCAGCUUUGGUGGAAGCUUUGGAGGUGGUUUGGGUGGUAGCUAUGGAAGCGGUUUGGGCAGUGGGUUUGGGGGAGGUUUGGGAAGUGGUUUUGGCAGCAGCUCAGGUGCUGCUUUUGGAAGUGGCUUUGGUGGUGGCUUAGGGACUGGUUUUGGAGGUGGGUUUGGCCCUGCUGGUGCUGGCGAUGGUGGCAUUCUUUCUGGCUCAAAAAAAGAGACAAUGCAGAACCUCAAUGACCGUCUGGCUGCAUAUCUGGACAAAGUGAGAUCUCUGGAGGAUGCCAACACCGAGCUGGAGCGCAAAAUCCGUGAGUGGUAUGAGAAAAGUGGCCCUGGCACUGGCACCCCUGGAUCUGGGAACGACUACAGUAAAUUCUACCCCUUCAUUGAAGAUCUUCGAAACAAGAUCAUCAAUGCAACCAUCGACAAUGCAAGGAUCAUUCUGCAGGUUGAUAAUGCCAGACUGGCUGCUGAUGACUUCAGAGUGAAAUACGAGAAUGAAGUGGCUCUUCGGCAGAGUGUGGAGGCCGAUAUCAAUGGCCUGCGCAGAGUCCUGGAUGAGCUGACCAUGACCAGGGCAGAUCUGGAGAUGCAGAUUGAAAGCCUGAAUGAAGAACUGGCUUAUCUCAAGAAGAAUCAUGAAGAGGAGCUUCAGGGCAUCCAAAGCAGUGAAUUUGGCCAAGUCAGCGUGGAAAUGGAUGCUGCUCCAGGGACUGACCUGACCAAGCUUCUGAAUGAUAUGAGGGGACAGUACGAAGUCAUUGCCGAGCAAAACCGUAAAGAGGCUGAGGCGUGGUUCAAUGAAAAAAGCGGGGAGCUGAAAAGGGAAAUCUCCACCAACACUGAGCAGCUUCAGUCGGGAAAGAGCAAGAUCACAGAUUUAAAACGGACUCUCCAGAGCCUGGAAAUAGAGCUGCAGUCUCAGCUCGCCAUGAAAAAAUCCCUGGAAGACACUUUAGCAGAAACGGAAGGUGGUUACUGCGCUCAGCUGUCACAAAUCCAAAUGCAGAUCGGGAACCUGGAGUCCCAGCUUUUCCAGGUCAGAGCUGACAUGGAGCGCCAGAACGCGGAGUACCAACAGCUCCUAGACAUCAAGACUCGUCUGGAAAUGGAGAUUGAAACCUACAGGCGCCUGCUGGAUGGCGAGGGAGCUGGACAGGGAGUUACAUUUGAAAGUUCAUCCCUGACAGGGUCCAAAUCUCAAACACAAUCACUGGACUCUUCCAAAGAUCCAACCAAAACUAGAAAGAUCAAGACAAUUGUCGAAGAAGUGGUAGAUGGAAAAGUUGUUUCAUCCCACGUUAAAGAAGUUGAAGAGAAGAUAUGA